GGCGGCAGGAGGCGGCGGCGGCCCUGCGGGCCCUCAGGCGGCCGGCGCGGCUCCCGCCCCAGUGCCGUGUCCCGGCGCGGUGCUGAUCGGCGACCGGCUGUACUCGGGCGUGCUAAUUACGCUGGAGAACUGCCUGUUACCCGAGCACACGCUGCGCUUCACGCCGUCCAUGAGCAGCGGCCUGGACCCUGACACCGAAACCGAGCUGCGCGUCACCGGCUGCGAGCUCAUCCAGGCGGCCGGGAUCCUUCUGCGGCUGCCGCAGGUGGCUAUGGCUACAGGACAGGUGCUAUUCCAGCGUUUUUUUUAUACCAAGUCUUUUGUGAAGCAUUCCAUGGAGCAUGUGUCCAUGGCCUGUGUUCAUCUGGCAUCCAAAAUUGAGGAAGCCCCCAGACGCAUUCGGGACGUGAUCAAUGUGUUCCAUCGCCUCAGACACCUGAGGGAGAAAAAAAAACCUGUGCCUCUAAUAUUGGAUCAAGAAUACGUGAACUUGAAGAAUCAAAUAAUUAAGGCAGAAAGAAGAGUGUUGAAGGAGUUGGGAUUUUGUGUUCAUGUGAAGCACCCUCAUAAGAUAAUCGUUAUGUACCUUCAGGUAUUAGAAUGUGAACGUAACCAACACCUGGUCCAGACCUCAUGGAACUACAUGAAUGACAGCCUGAGAACAGAUGUCUUUGUGAGGUUUCAGCCAGAAAGCAUUGCCUGUGCCUGCAUUUACCUGGCAGCUAGGACACUGGAGAUCCCACUUCCAAAUCGCCCACAUUGGUUUUUACUGUUCGGAGCAACGGAGGAAGAAAUUCAAGAAAUUUGCUUAAAAAUCUUGCAGCUCUACACAAGGAAAAAGGUGGAUUUAUCUGAUCUGGAAAGUAAAAUAGAAAAGAAGAAAUUGGCUAUUGAAGAGGCAAAAGCACAAGCAAAAGGUCUGGUACCUGAGGGAGUUCCGAGCUUGGAUAACACAUCAGGAUUCUCCCCGAUCCCAAAAAAUGAGUCUCCAAAAGAGGUUAAAGGGAAUAAACCUUCACCACUACCUGUGCAGGCCAUGAAGAAUGCUAAAAGGAAAACUGAGGGAGCCAAGAGAACCAGCUCCAACAGCCCAGUAAAUGGUGUCCAGAAAGUAAGAGAGAGCAGGAGUCGAAGUGGCAGCAGAGAUCAGAGUUACUCCAGGUCACCAUCGAGAUCUGCAUCCCCUAAGCACAGGAAAAGUGAGAGUUACUCCACGUCCAGCGGCUCCAAAUCCCACAGCCGCUCGCGGAGCCGCAGCGAUUCUCCCCCGAGGCAAUUCAACCACAGCUCCGGCUACAAGGGCUCCAAGGUGCGGAGCUACAAGAAAUCCAAAGACUACAAAUACUCGACGCACAAAGCGCGCAAGUCGCGCAGCCGGAGCUCAUCCCGCUCCCGCAGCCGCUCCCGCGAGCGCUCUGACCACUCGGGCAAGUACAAGAAGAAGAGCCACUACUACCGGAACCACCGGCACGAGCGCUCCCGCUCCUAUGAGCGCACCGGGCACCGCUACGAGCGCGAACACCCGGGGCACAGCCGGCACCGCCGGUGAGCCCCAGGGCUGCUUCUGGGGGGAUCCCUGCUGGUGAGCCCCCAAGCUGCUUCCAGGGCUGCUUCCCAAGGAAAUUCCUACUGGUGACCCCUGGGGCUUCGUCCAGAGGGAGUUCCUGCUGGUGAGCCCCAGGGCUGCUUCCAGUGGGAAUUCCCUCUGGUGAGCUGGGGUGGCUUCCUGAGGAAAUCCCCUCUGGCACCUGAGCACAGAGCUGGGAAUGCCCACUGGGGCUGCUUUCUGAGGGAUUUCCCUCCAGCACCCGGGCACAGUUGGUGAGCUGGGGCUGCUUCCCUCAGGAAUUCCAUCUGAUGCCACUGGUGAACCAGGGCUGCUUCCCUCAGAAUUCCCUCUGCCAGCAGAGCUUGCUCCCAGUGGCUUAUGCAGUACCAGGGUUUAUCUGGCUCCUGAAGCACCCCUGGCUUGAGCUAUGUUCUGCCAGCGGUUUGUGCUCAUCCAUGAACCCAAAGGAAAGAUUGAUGGGGUAGGAAGUGAUGUCAGGAGUGCCCUGUGCUGGGGUGUCACUAUCCACCCUCAUUUGGUGCUCCUGUCUUGCUCUUGAGUGAUUUCCAUCCCCAAUGUAGUGCAGUGUUUGGGACUUUCAGUCCUGCAGGCAGCGGCUCCAUGGCCCAUCCUUGGAAUGCUGUGCCCAGCAGUUCUUACCUGUGGAACUGGAAAGCUCCUCAGCCCCCUGGGAGUGCUUUGGUGCUAACAAUAUCCUCUUUUCAUACUGGCUCUAUGAUGUUGUGCAGGUGGGAGGUGACUUUUUUUAGACCUGUUGCCUAUAUUAGGUUCUCUGUGUAUAUAUAUUUUGCAGUGUUACAGUACAGUAUGGGAAAAUGGCCUUCCUAGCCUUUACACUUUACCCACAAUGUAAAUAAGCAUUUGUUUAAUACAGGUGAAGAUAUAUACAGAAAAUUCAAAACUUGAAUUCUAUCAAAAAAGACUUGUGUAGAAAAUUCUGAUAAAUGUGAAAGUAUUUAGCUCCACGCAUUGAGAGUAGUAUAUUUUUAUCUGUGCAAUGCUGUGUGCGGGCCACCAGCUUGGAAGACAUUUCCUAUAUAUCCAUUUGAAGUGGUUGAAAAUUCUUUACUCAGGAUCUUUGACACUCUGAAGAAUUCGUAGUUUGUCAGUUUGCAUGCUUGAUGAACAGAGCAUUUAAAGACCAAUUAGCAGAGCCCCACAGCCCAGUAGUAUCAGUUCUAGUGGUAUAUCUGCGCUGUUACUCUCAUGCUCCCUAAUUUCAUUAAAGUAUUUGAUUUUCUAUUA